AUGGAGGAGCGUGGAUCCCCCGAUGGGGAUCCAGCACGGAACCACGAACAGGGGCCAGAGGGGCCAGAAACGCCCAUCCAGGUGGUGCUCAGGGUGCGACCCAUGAGCGCAGCCGAGCUGCGUCGAGGGGAACAGAGUGCGCUGCACUGCUCGGGGACACGGACCCUGCAGGUGAGCCCCCCAGGCGGGGGCCCCGACGUGGCGUUCCGCUUCGGCGCUGUGCUGGACGGGGCGCGCACGCAGGAGGAGGUGUUCCGGGCGUGCGGCGUGCGGCGCCUGGGCGAGCUCGCGCUGCGCGGCUUCUCCUGCACCAUCUUCACCUAUGGCCAGACGGGCUCUGGCAAGACCUACACGCUGACUGGACCCCCUCCCCAGGGAGAAGGGGUGCCUGUACCCCCUGGCCUGGCCGGCAUCAUGCAGAGGACCUUUGCCUGGCUGCUGGACCGUGUGCAGCACCUUGGGACCCCUGUCACCCUCCGUGCUUCCUACCUAGAGAUCUACAAUGAGCAGGUUCAGGAUUUACUAAGCCUGGGGACCCCCAGGCCCCUCCCUGUUCGCUGGAACAAGACCCGGGGCUUCUAUGUGGAGCAGCUUCGUGUGGUAGAGUUUGGGAGUUUGGAAUCUCUGAUGGAACUUUUGCAAAUGGGCCUUAGCCGUCGAAGGAGCUCAGCGCACACCCUGAACCAAGCCUCCAGCCGAAGCCAUGCCCUGCUCACACUCUACAUCACCCGCAAACCUCCCCAGCAGAUGCCUCCUGUGGACUCCAGGGAGCCCCCUGGUGGAGGGAAGCUGUGCUUUGUGGACCUGGCAGGCAGCGAGAAGGUGGCAGCCACAGGAUCCCGUGGGGAGCUGAUGCUCGAGGCCAACAGCAUCAACCGCAGCCUGCUAGCCCUCAGUCACUGCAUCUCCCUGCUGCUGGACCCCCAGCGGAAACAGAGCCACAUUCCCUUCCGGGACAGCAAGCUCACCAAGCUGCUGGCAGACUCCUUGGGAGGACGUGGGGUCACCCUUAUGGUGGCCUGUGUGUCCCCCUCGGCCCAGUGCCUUCCUGAGACUCUAAGUACCCUGCGAUAUGCAAGCCGAGCCCAGCGAGUCACCACCCGGCCGCAGGUCCCCAAGACCCCUGUAGCAACGCAGCCCCAGCGAUUAGAGACUGAGAUGCUACAGCUACAAGAGGAGAACCAUCGCUUACGGACCCAGCUAGACCAAAGGGACUUCAAACCAUCCAGAACCAGUGGGACCCAGGUGGCCUGGGCCCAGCGGAACCUCUAUGGGAUGCUCCAGGAGUUCAUGCUGGAGAAUGAGCGGCUCAGGAAAGAAAAGAGUCAACUGCAGAGCAGCCGGGACCUGGCCCGGAGCGAGCAGCGUGUCCUGUCCCAGCAGGUCCAUGAGCUGGAGAGGCGCCUCCUCUCUGCCUGUUACCUUCACCACCCGGCCCCUGGCCCAGCCCACCCAUGUCCCUGUUUGAUGCCAGCUUCCUCCUGCCAUGCACUGCCCCCCAUUUGCUCCUGGCCCUGCUGCCACAUCUGUCCCCUGUGCCAUGCACCUCUGACACACUGGGCCUGCCCACGGAGGGAGCUCCACUUGCCCCAGGUGUUUGGCCCCGAGGCCCCGCCCAGCAUGCCCCUGUCUGCACGGCCCCCACCCUGGGCUCCACCAUGCAGCUCUGCCUCCACCAAGUGCUCAAGAGAGAGGAGUCACAGUGACUGGACUCAGACCCGAGACCUGGCCGAGAUGCUGACCAAGGAAGAGGUGGUUCCUUCUGCACCCCCGCUGCCCAUGGGAACCCCAAAUUCAUCACCAGUGCUGAGAGGUGCGGCCAGGGUCCCGAGCCUCGCCCGGAGACUGGAGGCCCUCAGAGACCAGAUCGGUAGCUCCCUGCGACGUGGCCGAAACCAACCACCCCCCUCUGAAGACCCACAGAGUCCGGGCCGAGUCCUCCCUCCCUGCUGA